AGGGGCGGGGCGUGUGUGUAAUGUGUUGUGUGGUGUGUGUUGUGUGUGUAGUGUGUGUAGGCUGGGGCACCUGGGAGAUGCGCAAGGUGGUUAAUGGGGUCAACUCGAUGAGACUUUGAACCCCCGUUUCCAGAAUCACAGGAGCAACCACAUGUCAUUUCCUCUCUCCACCCUCUUCUACCUCACCCCACUUCUUUCUCUCUUUUUUUCUCUUUUUUUUUUGGUAUCUUUCAGUUUGUUUCCUUGACAAAAUACAAGAUUCAUAAUGGUAGAGACUCUUUAACCACACUCCCGGCCUAGCAGCAUAUACAGCAGUGAUGAGGAUGACGAAGAAAUUGAGAUGUAUGAUCAUGACUAUGAUGGGCUGCUUCCCAAGGCUGGGAAACGUCAUCUGGGGAAAACUAGGUGGACCCGUGAAGAGGAUGAGAAGUUAAAGAAACUAGUGGAACAGAAUGGCACAGACGACUGGAAGGUUAUUGCCAAUUUUCUGCCUAAUCGGACAGACGUACAGUGCCAGCACCGAUGGCAGAAGGUACUAAAUCCUGAGCUAAUAAAGGGUCCCUGGACUAAAGAAGAGGAUCAGAGAGUGAUAGAGCUCGUGCAGAAAUACGGUCCGAAGCGUUGGUCUGUUAUUGCCAAGCACUUGAAGGGGAGGAUUGGAAAGCAGUGCAGGGAGAGGUGGCACAACCACUUGAAUCCAGAAGUUAAGAAAACCUCCUGGACCGAAGAGGAAGACAGAAUUAUUUACCAGGCACACAAGAGGCUGGGGAACAGAUGGGCAGAAAUCGCUAAGUUACUUCCUGGACGAACUGAUAAUGCUAUCAAGAACCACUGGAAUUCUACAAUGCGUCGAAAGGUUGAACAGGAGGGUUAUCUGCAGGAGUCUUCCAAAGCCAACCAGCCUACAGUAGCCACAAGCUUUCAGAAGAACAAUCAUUUAAUGGGCUUUACCCACACCCCACCCUCUUCCCAGCUUCCCCCAACUGCACAGCCCCCAGUUGCCAAUGACUAUUCCUAUUACCACAUCUCUGAAGCACAAAAUGUCCCUGGACAGAUCCCGUAUCCUGUAGCAUUGCAUGUAAAUAUUGUCAAUGUUCCUCAGCCAGCUGCUGCGGCGAUUCAGAGACACUAUAAUGAUGAAGACCCUGAGAAAGAAAAACGAAUAAAGGAAUUAGAGUUGCUACUAAUGUCGACUGAGAAUGAACUGAAAGGGCAGCAGGCAUUACCAACCCAGAACCACACAUCCAGCUACCCAGCCUGGCACAGCACAGCGAUGGCUGAUCACGCCAGACCUCAUGGUGACAACGCGCCCAUUUCCUGUUUGGGAGACCAUCACCACUCUACUCCAUCUCCUCCAGUAGACCAUGGCUGCUUACCUGAAGAAAGUGCAUCCCCAGCGAGGUGCAUGAUCGUACACCAAGGCAACAUCUUAGACAAUGUUAAGAACCUCUUGGAAUUCGCAGAAACACUUCAGCUUAUAGAUUCUGAUUCUUCAUCGUGGUGUGAUCUCAGCAGUUUUGAAUUCUUUGAAGAAGCAGAUACUCCACCUAGCAAACCUCCCUCAGGCAAAGCAGUUCAGCUUCAGCCAAGUAGACCCGAAGGAUACCCUAGCACUUGCUUGAGCAAACGCAUAUUGAGUCAGGGCUCUCUUGACUCCUCCAAGUUCUUGUCUACUGCAAAGUACAGCGCAGCUCCAUUGGUCAUCCUGCACAAAAAGAGAGGAGGGCAUGCCAGCCCCUUGGCCACUGGAGGCAAUAGCUCCUUCCUACUUUCUGACGUCAACAGUUCCACGCCUAAGCGUUCCCCUGUCAAAAGCCUGCCCUUCUCUCCCUCCCAGUUUUUAAACACUUCCAAUAGCCAUGAAAAUGUGGACAUGGACUCUCCUUCUUUAGCCUCCACUCCACUUUGUGGUCAUAAAUUGACUGUUACAACACCAUUUCACAGAGACCAAACUCUUAAGCCACAGAAGGAAAAUAAUAUUUUUAGAACUCCAGCUAUCAAAAGGUCAAUCAUGGAGAGCUCUCCGAGAACACCUACUCCAUUCAAAAAUGCUCUUGCAGCUCAAGAAAUCAAGUAUGGCCCCUUGAAGAUGCUGCCACAGACCCCAUCCCACCUGGUGGAAGAUCUGCAGGAUGUCAUCAAGCAGGAAUCGGAUGAGUCUGGGAUCGUGCCUGGAUUCCACGAAAACGGGCCACCUUUAUUGAAGAAAAUCAAGCAAGAGGUGGAGUCUCCAACGGGUAAAGCAGGGAACUUCUUCUGCUCAAAUCAUUGGGAAGGAGAGAAUCUGAACACACAACUCUUUAACCAAGGAUCUCCUAUAGAAGAUGUACCGAAUCUUCUUACCAGUUCCGUUUUAAUGAUGCCGGUGUUAGAAGAGGAAGACAGUGUUCUCAAAGCGUUCGCCGCACCUAGAAAUAGGUCAUUGGCUACCCCUUUACAGCAUCUCAGCAAUACCUGGGAAGCGGUGUCCUGUGGGAAGAUAGAGGACCAGAUGAUCGUUUCCGACCAGGCACGCAAAUACAUCAAUGCAUUCUCUACCCGGACUCUGGUUAUGUAAAGGGUUCCGGACAAGCAUUAUGGUUUUCAAAACACUUCAAGUUGACUUGGAAUUUGCAUUCCUCUACAUGAAACUUUUCAUGAAUGGGAGAAGAACAUAUUUUUGUUGUGGUACAACAGUUGGGAGCUGCACAAAGUGAGCAUAUUCUUGUUGGAUUUCACCCAACUAAAAGGAUGUUUUUUGUUUUUUUUAUAAAUGGCACUUACCUAAAUUAUUAGGUACUGAAUUGUAACCAGUCAUUAAAUGUCUUAAUGCAGAAUUUUUUUAAAAUAAAGUGAUUUUUCUGUAUUUUUGGAGAUCAAACAGACUUACACCAGUAUUGUUUUCCUGUGACGAGUAGCGUGAAAUUUUAUAUAAAGAGCAGGUACUCAGACAUUCCUUUUCUAAAUCACUGAGCAAAAUGCAUUGGGAUCAAGCGAAUCAGCAAAAGCAUUACUCUAAAUGUUUAAUAUCCAGGGGAAACGAAUCAAGAUUUCAGAUGCUCAAGAUUGAUAAAGUUUUGAAGUACUAUUUGAUUUUGUUACUGUAUUAAACUGUUUUAUGUGUGCAUUUUGUUUUUGUUAGCUUGCUUUAAAAAUUAUUACUGUAUGAAACAUAGUUUUAUGAGAACAAAUUAUAUUUUUAUUCAGUAAUUUAAUUUUGUAAAUGCCAAAUGGAUAAUGUGUUUUGCUGCUACGGACUUUAGCAUGUAGACGUGCUGCUAGUUUUAAAGGGGCAGUAGGGCUUUAUGAGAAGAGGAAACAAAACUUGGUGUUAGCUAAUUGACUAUGCACUAGCAUUUCAGACUUAUUGUAUUUUUUUAUAUAAACAUACAUUUUCCUUUUGUAAGCAUAAUUUUUGGAACACUUUUCCUGGGAGAUUUUGUGUGUGGUUUUUCAUUGGUUUGUAAUAGCAUGCAUUGCACCUUCAUGUUUGGGAGAACUCUUUGUUGUUCAUGUUGUCUGUUUUGUUUCGUGUUAUGUUGGCCCUUAUUGUUCUUUAAUUCAUAUUCCACUUUUUGGAUCAGCUUACCCAUUCUUUUAAAACGUAUGGUCCUUAGUACUGCCAUACGAACCCUUUACAGUUAUGGAGAGAACACUGAUUUUUGUAACAGAGUCUGACCUUGCUGCCUUAAGAGCAUCGUGUGCAGCCCGAGCUGCACUUAACUUUGGUUAGGACAAUGUACUUACUGCCUGGUAGAAAAAUAAAGCAUGUCCUUUUUUUACUUA